CAUGUAUAUUUUCACGAAGAAAAUGUUUUUCAUGAGUUUACCAUAAUUUAAUCGAUCGACGAAUGUAAAAGUGACAUCUUUUUUUGAGAUCUAUUCUGACGAAUAGAAUCUACUUUUGAAAACCGGAACUGACGGAGCUUGAUAUGGGAAGAAAGCGAUAUUUCGUUUGUUCAAUGGUCGCUACUCACGCGAUCGAAAAUGAAAAAAAAAUUCUUCGGGUUGCGCUUGCUUACACGGGAGAUAAUCUGUCAACAAAUAUUUAAACUUUCAUUUUGUAUGCCCGUCGACGCAUUUUAUCGUGUGUAAUCGUCGUUUGAAUGAUUUGCAUCGUUCGGAUCGCAUGGCAAGAUCGAAGAUUUGUAAAUUGCGCGUCAUUGAUAAAGUCCAAAUAAAAGUUCUUAUCUGAAAAUCGAGGUUAUAAACCAAAAGUUGCGAAUUUCAACAUUGAGUGUUUCGCGAUUGUACGAGAAAAUAAUAAACGACGAAAAUAAGAAAUUGUGCUGAUUUAAUAGUGAUAAUAGAUUCGACGAUUAAAUCAUUACACCGAAUCAGUAAAAAAUAUGACUUCGGCAAUGGAGGUUUUGUGGAAACAAGCGAUAAAAACAUUUUCCGGUCGUCGUAGUGUUGGAUAUCGGUUGUGUCAGAAAAAUUUUGAAAAAUUACGCCUUCUGAUGAACGACAUUCGGGCUGAGGACGUCAAAAUCGAUAAACAUAUUCUCCGUCUUGUCGAAGCUCAAUCAGCACCUAUGUGCGUUAUGGAUGUUUUCGAAGACAAUGAUAUCACCAUCGCUAUAUUUCUUAUAAAACACGGCGUAACAAUGCCUAUGCACGAUCAUCCCGGAAUGCACGGUUUGCUAAAGGUAAUCUCCGGUGCAGUAAAAAUCAACAGUUAUACAGUACAGAUAAGAGAAGAUUAUCUCAUUCAGCCUGGAGAAGAAAUUCCAGGACUGAAGCAUCCAACUGUGACAGUACGUGACACUGAUCCAGCAUGUGUAUUAACACCAGAAGAUAAAAAUUUUCAUGAGAUAUCAUGCGUCGAAGGACCAGCUGUAUUUUUAGAUAUUUUGAGUCCGCCGUACAUUUUAGAAACACGAAUACCUGACAUUCGUCUAAGACCCUGUACUUACUUCAGAGAACUUACCAACAAAGAACAAUGUUUGCGAGAUGAUGGUGAAACCAUUGAAGUUCAACUCAUAGCGGCAAACAAACCGCCAGAAUUCUAUGCGAGAAGUAUGAGAUAUCCUGGUCCAGAGCUCAGAUGAUUUCCACUGUCUUGCACCUCUUGUUGUAUCAUAAAAAUAUGCGACCAAUGACUCUGUGAAUUCGAUCGUCUCCUGAUGUUGGAAUUUUGAUCCUUGGUAAGACAAUAGUUUAUUUACUUUGUAAAUCGAAAUAACAAAAGUUAUUUUAGCUUUUUGGUGAAGACCAAUGAAGCAGAAGUACAAAAAAUUUCGAAUAACACAGAGAAUUUUAAGGAAUAAAGGGUGAAGAAUGUUUUCUCCCUUGUUCAAACGAUGUUGACAUCGUUUCGUCCCAAAGGCUUCUUCAAUAUUAUCUUCAACUGCUUUUUCAUUCAAGCACUGCAACAAUAAUAAUCGAUGAUACCUAAUUGUUUCCUCAUUAUCGUAUACUCCCUCACUCUAUUUAACAGGCAAGUCUAGGAAACAAUAGCAAUCGGAGCUUUCAAUGUACUUCGAAAAAUACAACUGUCGUGAUUUAUAUUUUUCAGAGAAUAAUCCGAGCUCGCAUUGCUCCGUAUUUAUAAUACAAUUCAAUGAAAAAUCCCAAAAUUACUCGCGUUAUUUGAAAUGAUGGCAGUGAAUAGUACAAAGAAUGAUUGUGAAACUCUCAACUAUUGUAAACGAUGGUCUGGUUGGUUCAAAUUUUUAAAGAACAAAAAAAAGCAAAAUGCUAUUCGAGUUGGAAUCAAUUUGUUGAAAAAUUUUUACAAUUCAAAUCGAAAUUACGUGCUAAUCGAAUGAGUACUGAUUUACUAUAAAAAUAUCUGGUAGCAGUUUUUCAAAUGCUUCUCAAAGAAGCCAUAAGUCGACAAUAAUUCUUGGUUCAUGGGUAAAUUAUUUGGCAUCUUUUUCUCACUACGUUUCUGAGUCUUUCGAACCUUUGGGUUUAAAAAUACUAUAAAAAAAUAAGAUUCUAUGAUUAGAAAAGAAAGAGAUUCGUGUGGAAUUAUCUGACAAAUUGCUUAUCCAAUUGGAUAGUGCAAUUUCAUUCUUGAACGUUUGGUUUUUUAGAUGCGUAAAAGAUCUAAUACUCAAUAAAAUUUUAAUUCGGGUAAUUUUAUUAAAAGACAUGAUUGUGGAUGAAUGUUUCUUAUGCUGACGACGAGUAAAUAAAUAUAUUUUCACUUAAACGAAAUAAUAGUAAUUAAUGUCUUUCAGAGAAAUUGCUUUAAAUUUGUAUAAAAAUUAAAUUCCAAUCACAAGCGCUCAUUCGAUUAUCACGGUUCAUUUUCGCACUGUCAGAAAGCAGUUUUCGAAUGUGUAUUGUUUUUACUCUAUUUUUGCUCGAAUCGUUAUCUCAUCGCUAAAUUUUCGGCUGAAAUUUUCACAGCACUUAAGAUGAUGGAUCAGUCGGUAAUCAGACCUCAAAUUUUUGAAAUUGAAACUCUUUGACAUCGUUCGUCCGAUUAAAAUACUGACUGACCAUCAUCUUAAGUCGAAUUUAGAAAAAGAAUGAGAACAAAUACACCGAAGGAUGUGUACAUGUGAGAAAGAGAGAGAGAGAGAGAGAGAAGAGUGAAAGAGAGUGAAACGAAUGUACUUAAUUUGUAACUUCUAAGCCACUGAUAAGCUGUUAAUAUUAUUCAGUAAAUAUAUUUGUACAUCACAUGAAAA